AUGGCAGAUAAAGACGACAGCACACAGACUGCGAGUAAACCGAGCAAAAAUGACGAGAUGGUGGCGACUGCCAAGGGAUAUGCGAUCAUAUUCGGUGGUCUAUUCUUGAUAUACCUGCUCGGUAGCUGGGAUUUCAGCAUAACUUGGAUUGUGAUUGGUUUCGCUGUGUGGGUCUAUAGAGACCAAACUGGUAAAACUAAAAAACAACAAAUGAAAAUACGCAGCGAAAUCACCAAUGAUGAAAAAAAAGCCAUCCAAGCUCAUGUGAACGAUCUGCCGUCAUGGGUGUAUUUUCCUGAUGUAGAAAGAGCUGAAUGGUUGAACAAGAUAGUGAAACGAAUAUGGCCAUAUCUCGAUGAUUAUGUGGAAAAUAUUUUGAAAAAUACAGUGGAGCCAUCCAUCAGGGAAUCAGUGCCGUCAUUAUCAUUUAAGUUUGUAAAGAUUGAUCUUGGCAAUAAGCCUUUAAGAAUUGGAGGUGUGAAAGUAUACACUGAGCGCACAAAAAGAGAUGAAAUUAUUAUGGACCUUGACAUCUUUUAUGCAGGUGAUUGUGAUAUGGAGGUGUCUGUUUCUAAAUUCAAAGCUGGCAUUGAAGAUAUACAGUUACAUGGUACACUACGUGUUGUGAUGAAUCCAUUGGUCAGUGUUACCCCAUUAAUUGGUGGUAUGACUAUUUACUUUCUAAAUAUGCCGGAAUUUGACUUCAAUAUGACCAAUCUGGCUAAUAUUCUGGAUAUCCCAGGUGUGAGUGGUUCAUUGAGGAACAUCAUUGAAGAUCAGCUCAGUAAUUUCUUAGUUUUACCAAACAGACUGGUAAUACCUAUGAUUAAAAACUUGGAGGUGAUCAGACUGAAAUUCCCAAUGCCACAGGGUGUAUUGCGUAUCUGUGUUAAGGAGGCAAAAGAUUUAAUGAGAAAAGAUAUGGCUGUGUUUUCAAAAGGCUCAUCAGAUCCGUACUGCGUUCUACAUGUUAUGGCUUCAUCAGUUUCGCUUUGGUUUGUUUCAGCAAUUGUUGAUGUGCCACAGGGACAAGAGCUUAUAGUGGAGCUAUGGGAUGAAGAUACCAGUUCUAAAGAUGAAUCUUUGGGAAAUUUGACUGUUGAUAUUGAGACUAUUGUACAAAAAGGAUUUAUUGACACGUGGUUGCCAUUGGAUGAUGCCAAGUCAGGUCAGCUCCAUCUCAAAUUGGUAUGGUUGACGUUGUCAGACCAAGUUGAUGCAUUAGAAGAGGCUCGAUUACGAAUGAGGGUACUGGUGCAUGCUUUUCUGCCUUAA